AGCGAUCAUCCGUCAUCCCCACGGGGAAUGCACGAUCCAGAGACAGCCUCUACAGACUAAUCUACCCAAUUCCCCUCCAUCUCCUCAAUUCCUGCUCAAUCUUCCUGUGAAGUUCUUUUCUAAAGGUAGCCAAUUGAUUCUGGAAGUCACCUACACAAUAAUCUCCAAUGUCGGUGUCACGGUCCUCGCGGGACCUCUUGGGCCUCUCUCGCCAGCUUAGUAGGCAGUGUCCCCGACGAACAGCUGCCCCUCGCCGAGCCCCUUCACAUUCGCCGACAGCAUCCACUCGAACCAUUGCCUCCUAUACAGCCCCUUAUCAGGCGGAUGCAGUAUCUGUAUUGCAAAGCAAUGUAGACACAAGCUCGGACGAGUUUCGCGAGAAUGAGCGACUCAUGGGCGAGGCCAUGGCCCGGCUGGAGAAGCUGACGCGAGCGGCCCAAGCGGGCGGCUCAGUCAAAGCCAGGGAGAAGCACAUUGCAAGGAAGAAGAUGCUGCCUCGAGACCGUGUCACCGCAUUGAUAGAUCCAGGCACCACCUUCAUGGAGCUUUCACCUCUCGCUGGUCACGAGCUGUAUCCCGAAGCCGACGUCCCUGCCGGCGCCAUUAUCACAGGUGUGGGCGUCGUUGAGGGCGUGACUUGCGUUAUCGUUGCGAACGACAGCACGGUCAAGGGUGGCACCUACUACCCAAUUACGGUCAAAAAGCACCUAAGAGCGCAGGAAGUAGCUAAAGAGAACAAACUCCCAUGCAUAUACUUGGUAGAUUCCGGGGGCGCCAACCUCCCGCAUCAGUCGGACGUAUUCCCUGACCGCGAACACUUCGGUCGCAUAUUCUACAACCAGGCGAGGAUGAGCUCGCAGGGUAUUCCGCAGGUCUCGGUCGUCAUGGGGCUGUGUACAGCUGGUGGCGCCUACGUACCGGCCAUGAGUGACGAGAAUAUCAUUGUGGAAAAGCAAGGCCACAUUUUCCUAGCAGGACCCCCCUUAGUCAAAGCAGCCACGGGAGAGGAGGUGUCAGCUGAGGAGCUGGGUGGCGGUACAUUGCACACCUCGGUAUCGGGUGUAUCAGACUAUCUUGCGGUCAACGAUGCACACGCCAUCGUGCUCGCGCGGCGCUGCAUCAGCAACCUGAACUGGCCACACAAGGCAUCACCGCCUGCAGAUAGCUACGCCUCACCCUUGUAUCCGGAGUCUGAGCUUUUAGGCAUCGCUUCGACGAACCUGCGGAAGCCUUUGCCGAUUCACGAGGUCAUCGCGCGCAUUGUCGACGGUUCCCAUUUCUCAGAGUUCAAACGAGACUUUGGCACCACUCUUGUCACAGGGUUUGCGCAGAUCUAUGGACACAAGGUGGGCAUCGUCGCAAAUAAUGGCAUACUAUUUGGCUCGUCAGCGCAGAAAGGAGCACACUUCAUCGAGCUUUGCGCGCAGCGUGGUAUCCCCUUAGUCUUUCUACAAAACAUUAGUGGCUUCAUGGUCGGUGCCCAGGCCGAACGAGAGGGCAUUGCGAAGCAUGGCGCUAAGCUUGUCACCGCUGUUGCCUGCGCCGACGUGCCCAAAUUCACGGUUGUGGUGGGCGGUUCGUAUGGCGCCGGCAACUAUGGUAUGUGCGGACGCGCAUACUCGCCUCGCUUCCUAUGGAUGUGGCCCAAUGCGCGCAUUGGUGUUAUGGGCAGCGAGCAGCUUGCCAAUGUCAUGCAGACUGUCGGGCAGAAGGCUGACCCCGAGCUCCGGGAUCGGAUCGAGCGCGAGAGCGAUGCUGUAUUUUCUUCUGCGAGGUUAUGGGAUGACGGUGUAAUCCCACCACAACAUACACGGCGAUAUCUCGGCUUAGGACUUCGCGCUGCCAUGGGCGGUAAGAACGAGAUUAAGCCCGGCGGUACCAAAUUUGGCAUAUUUAGAAUGUAAAUCAUACUUGUCCUAGGGGUUGUUGGUCUAUCAGCAUAGCAUAUAGCGGAUUCGAUGCUUAAUAGGCGUUUAUAUAUUGGUAGUGUGUUAAUAAUAUUGGAAUGACCAAAUGAAAUAAAUCAAUGGCUAUAUUGGAGUGACACCCUUAUCUGCAACUUUAUUUCCCCUUGCCUCUUUCUGCCAUUUUCACUCAAGAUUAUUAAAUUUUCUGCAUGAACCUCUGCCCAAGCCCUUACGCGCCCAAAGAAUUGUCUAUGUUGGUACCUGAU